CUGACAGUGCGCCUCUUCAACGCAAUAUAAUCCACACACACGCUACGUCUUCCACGGCUUCAGGGGCCAGUCGCCGCAACCUCUCUCUCUCCGAGGUGUCUUCAGCAGUCAACUCCGCUCCCUCGUGGUAUUUCGCAGCGUCCACUAAGAGGGUCUCACCAUCAGCUACGUCCCCCCAGGCCAUACCACCACUGGCUCUUGUUUGAAUUGGGAAUCAGCCCAAUGCUGCUACACACGUCCACACAAGCAGCUCGAAACUCUGGGUGCAUCGACAAUGCCUCCAAACAACGCUCACCCACCUCCUCCAGGCAGGCCCCCAAGCACACCAGCAGGAUAUUGGUUCUCUCUAGAACAGAAACACUGCCCGUCUCAACAGGGUCCGGACACAUCAGCAUUAAUGAUUCAUGAACCUCAGUCUCCUCCACAUUUGCCUCUAAGAACUCCAUUUUCACUGACCAACAACUGUCGUCUGGAUAAUCACCGGCACUGGUACCCCGAAUCUCCAGUGUCCUCAAUGUUGUCAAGGGUUAAAAACAGGAAGGAAUUUGUCUCCAGGAAGUUCAAACAUGGCACACCAGUUUGGUUGUUUCUGUCCAGAAAUUUAAGAAGUGGAGCAAGGGAUCCAAUUGACCAUCCUUCCUGCUCAAACUGUGGGGAGGGAUUCACUCAAUCAUCCUUCCUGCUCAGACUGUGGGGAGGGAUUCACUUGGUUAUCACAAUUGAAGGUACAUCAGCACAUUCACACUGGGCAAGGCCAUUCACCUGUUCUGUGUGUGAGAAAGGAUCCAGUCAGUCUUCCCACCUGUGGACACACCAGUUCACUCUGGGCAGAGGCUGGUGAUCUGCUGAAUAUCUGGGAAAGGAUUCACUCAGUCAUCUGACCUAAAGGCACACCAGCGUGUUCACACUGGGGAGAGGCUGUUCACCUGCUCAGAGUGUGGAAAGGGAUUCACUCGGUCAUCCACCUUACUGGUACAUCAGCG